AUGCCGUCGCCUCCGGCACCGGGUGCCGAGGGGGAUGCCGCUGCCAGCACAAGCAAGCGCCGCCGCAGCUCGGACCCCGGAUGGGCGUCGCUGCCCGAAGAUCUGGUCCGCCUGGUCGCGUCGCGGUUACUGCCCGCGGGCGACCUGCUGCUGGACUACGUCCGCUUCCGGGCCGUCUGCCGCGGCUGGCGGUCCGGCAAGGACUCCCCGCGCGGCCGCGGCGUGACGGACCCGCUGUUCCACCCGCGGCGCUGGAUGAUGCUCCCUGAGGGCCACGGCCUCUACCCCGGCCACGCCGGCCUGGGCGGCUACGCCAGUUUCCUCAGCCUCGACACGGGGCGCAUGGCUCAAAAAAAGCUCACGAACAUGGCCUGUGCUGCUGCUUCCUUCGGCACUCGAGGAGGAGGAGGAGCCAUCACCAUCGUGCUUGCACUUCAUCAGGUACACCGUGUGGCCUUCGCUUCUUCCCUGGACGAGCAAUGGACUCUGGCAAGCUGGCCAUUGCCAUCAUGCCACACACCUUUCGCGUUCAGAGGCAAGCUGUACAUCCUGCAUACUCCUAGUCAGUUCAUGUGGCAAAAUGUACACCAGGUUCUCCAGAUUGAUCCACCAGUUCAGGAUGGGGCAACCUCAUCAGGCUUUUCGCUGAAACCGCCCAGACUGAUUGCCACAAUCCCUGUAUGCAAUCUUCUACUGCCAAUGUGUCUGGUGGAAUCUGAUUCGAACAUCCUGCUGAUUGGCCACAAGGAUUCAUCUAUGUCGCGGAUUUUGGUUUACAAACUUGCAGACCUUGUGCAGCAAAGGUUCCUCCCAAUGAAAAGCAUCGGAGACAAUUGUUUGAUUGUUGGAGAGAGGAGCAUGAGUGUCUCCUCUAGGGUGCUGCCUACCGUUGAGGGUGACAGUGAACAGAGGAAUAGUAUACAGAAAGAAGACACAAGGUGGGUUCCGUACGAGGUGAAGAGCAUGUGCCAGGAUGAGGUAACUCUCCUACAUCGCUUGUGA